AUGAGCCUAGGCAUUAGGAAAGCUUUGUCUUAUGCUGGUUCUCUUAAAGCAAGCUACUGCCAUGGUGGCCACUAUCCAAAGAUCUCCAGACAGACAUCUUCUGCUUAUCCUGAAGGUUGCUCUGGUGCCAUUGGAGUUUAUGUAGGUUCAACAAGUAAAAGAGUUUCCAGCACUCGUUUUGGCCAUGGAUUUGAAAGCGUACAUGGUGGUCAUGGUUAUGAACUAAUUACCUUUGGGAGCCAUCAGAGCACGAAACAUGAUCUUGGGUUUCACAUCAAUUCAAAGGAAACUAUGCGACUACUGAAUGACCGAUUGGCGACCUACCUAGAGAAGGUGGGCUUGCUCGAAGAGGAAAACACAGAGUUGGAGAGAAAAAUUAAAACGUGGUAUGAGAAGCAUACUCCUCAAACAUUCCCGGAUUCCAGCAGUAACUUCAGAACAAUUGAGGAGCUCCGGAAACAGAUCUCUGAAGCCACAGUUGAAAAUAGCAGUCUCAUUCUGCUGAUAGAUAAUGCCCGUCUGGCAGGAGAAGACUUACAGACCAAAUAUAAUAUGGAGGUCAGCCUGCGCUAUGUGGUUGAUGCAGAUGUAAGUAGUCUUCGAAGAGGACUUGACGGACUGACCCUUGAGAGAACCGACUUAGAACUCCAGCUGGAACACCUCCAAGAGGAACUGGUUUGUUUGAAGAAAUACCACGAAGAGGACGUGAACUCUCUGCGCACACAACUCGGUGCCAGAGUCAACGUGGAGGUCAAAGCUGCUCCCGUUGUCAACCUAGGACAGGCUCUGGCAGAGAUCCGAGAGGAGUACGAAAAGUUAAUGGACAGGAACAUAAAAGAGGUCGAAAACUGGUUCAUUGCUCAGAGUGAAGAACUCAAUUGUCAAGUGAGUGAUCGAUCUGAACAUUUGGAGUCGAUGAAAAGUAAGGUCAUUGAGUUGCGACAUACUGUACAGAUCCUGGAGAUAGAUCUACAGACUGUCCUCAGCAUGAACUCUGCACUGGAGGAGACGUUGGCUGAGACAGAAACCAGUUAUAGGUCCCAGUUGUCCCAGUUACAAGGUCUAAUCGACAACAUUGAAGAUGAACUGAAGCAGCUAAGGUAUAACCUGGAGCGUCAGAACCUCGAGUAUAAGAUUCUAAUGGACGUCAAGACGAGACUGGAGAUGGAAAUUGCCACAUAUCGACGUCUCCUGGAAGUAGAAGACAUUACAAUGCCAACAUCCCACUCCUCAGAAACAAAAGAAUCCGGCGGGGGAUUGAAAAUUGUCUCAAUCACAGAAGAGUUUGAGGAUGGAAGAAUUGUGUCAACCCGUGAGCAAAUUCACCAUAUCAAGAGCUAG